AUGGAUGUUCCAACUCCUUCAAAUGUAAAUCAUGGAUUUUCCCAUAAUGCUGAUGGAUUUUUAAACAUACCCAUUGAAUCUACAAAUUUGGAUCCAUUGUCUACAAAACGUAGAAGGUGCUUAUUCGUUCACAGAGGUACAAAAUUUUCUUGCCGCUUUACAUUACAAGAAAUACAACAAAGAUGGUAUGCUUUGCUUUAUGAUAGUGCAGUUUCAAGAGUAGCAGUUCAGGCUAUGCGUAAUUUACAUCCAGAAUUAAUUGCUAGUGUACAAGCUAGGACUUUAUAUAGUAAAGCAGAGGAAGAUCUUUUGGGUACAAUAAAAUCUACUUCUCAACCAACAUUGGAAGUAUUUCAAGAACUUCUUGAAGCAAAUGCCCAUACAUUUUACUCUGCUCGAACUGCAAAAGCUUUAUUAGCUCAUUGGCAAUUAAUGAAACAGUAUCACCUCCUUCCUGAUCAGACUGUACAAAGUUUACCACGAGGUGAACAUGUUCUUAAUUUUUCUGAUGCUGAAGAGAUGAUUAACGAUACGGAGUUAAUUGAACAGAAAGAUGAGUUAGUAGAUGCAGAACUUAUUGCAGCAGAUAGGAGGAAUAAGAGGGAGAUAAAAGUAUUAGAAAAUGAACUGAAUAGAUGGCAAGUUCUAGUCGACAGUGUAACUGGGGUGAAUCCACCAGACUUUGAUAAUCAAACUUUAGCAAUACUUAGAGGAAGACUUGUUAGGUAUUUAAUGAGAUCACGAGAGAUUACUGUAGGUCGUUCAACAAAAGAUCACAACGUGGAUGUAGAUUUAACGUUGGAAGGACCAGCUUGGAAAGUUUCACGAAGGCAAGGAACUAUUCGGUUAAGGAACAAUGGAGACUUUUUCCUUUCUUCAGAGGGAAAGCGACCUAUUUUUGUAGAUAGUAGGCCUAUUCUUGCAGGAAAUAAAAUGAAACUUAAUAAUAAUAGCGUAAUUGAGAUUGCAGGUCUAAGAUUUAUAUUCUUAAUAAAUCAAGAACUUAUUUCUGUUAUACGCCAAGAAGUAGUGAAACUGAAUUUGAAACCAUGA